CACAGUGCCUCAGUUUGCCAAUCUGUAAAAUGGGACAGACCUACAGUACUGCACAGAGAGGGCCGUGGGGGAGGAGGAACUGAGGAUCAAUUCAUUAAUGGUUGUAAAGUGCUUUGAGAUCCUCGGAGGAAACAUGCCGUAGAGUCAUAUGAUAUUUCUAAACAACCGCCCCCAAACCAAUGCUCCAGACCCAAAUGCUCCCAAACUUUGGGGGAGUUCAGAGUUGUUUUAAAAUCUCCUGGUUUGGGGAUUGUUGCUUUAAAAAAAAAAAAAAGGAGUGAGGCCCAUUGGUUGGGAAAGCAGGAGCCUAAGGGGUUAACGGGGAGUGUUUGUAGCAAGUCUGUGUCACCAAGGAGAAGAGAACAGCACUUGGGGAAGGAAACAAAACACUGGGCUGUCCAGGAGGGGUGAUUUCCCGUUUAAAUCGACUCCAGCUCCAAGCAACUGCUCGGGGGAAGGAGACAGGCUUCUGACAUUCCCAAGGGGGUGAAGGGCAGGCAGCAGGAGCUCUGGGUGAAGGAGAAACGCCCCAGCUCCUUGUCGAAGAAAGAGGGAGAGCCUCCCGGGGGAAAGGUCAGUUCCCAGCCUAGGAAUGUGUGUCCCCUCGCAAUGGGGCACGGCUGCAGGCAGGUUCCUCCAGGGGGAUGGGGUAGCGAGGGCUCUGGGCCGUGGGCGCAGGAAUGAGGCGUGAGGACAGCACCUUCCAGUGGAGGGCUCGGAGGAGCCGAGCAUCUGCGUGUGGGGUGGAUGGAGGAACUUGCUCUCCCUGCAGGAAUGCAAUUGUGAUGGCUAGGGGAUCUUACCCACGACUAGGGGACCAAGUGAGCUGUGCCACCAGUGAACUUGCCGCUCCUCAGGAGGGGAGAAAUAUUGCAACUUUUUCAGCCUAGAUCUGCAGUUUGGCAAGUCAUGGCGAUGGGGGGUCCAGGGACAGGCCCAUGAGAACCCACUCUGGGGGCAGAGAGGUGGAAACUCACCAUACCGGGCCCCGUGUCUCAUGGCAAGAUGGCUGGGAUUCAGGGGGCCACGGUGCAGAGCAUCCGGCCCUACAAGUCCAGUGAGCAGUAUCUCUACGCCAUGAAGGAGGACCUGGCCGAGUGGCUCAAGGAACUCUAUGACUUGGACGUCAACGUUGGGUCCCUCCUGGAGGUGCUGGAGACAGGCUCCAUGCUGUGCUACCAUGCCAACAACAUCACCCAUGUGGCCAGAGAGUUCUCCCACGACUAUCCGGGCCUGGCCCACAAGCUCCAGCUGCCCAGAUACGGGGUGAUCUGUAAUGACUCUGCCCAGCCAGGGACCUUCCAGGCCAGGGAUAACGUGUCUAACUUCAUCCAGUGGUGCAGGAAGGAGAUGGAUAUUAAAGAGGUGCUGAUGUUUGAGACGGAGGACCUGGUGCUGAGGAAGAAUGAGAAAAACUUUGUGCUGUGCCUGCUGGAGGUGUCCCGCCGGGCCUCUCGCUUCGGGAUGAGUGCUCCCACCCUGAUCCAAAUGGAGGAGGAGAUUGAGGAGGAGAUCCGAGAGGAGAUGGACCUCCCCCCUGAGGAUACCCCACUUCCCAAGCCCCAGAGGAAGCCUUGUGACUUCAAGAACCUGGACCAGAUGGUCCAACACCUGGUGAGCCGCUGCACGUGCCCAGUCCAGUUCUCCAUGAUCAAGGUGUCUGAAGGAAAAUACCGCGUGGGCGAUUCCAACACCCUUAUUUUUGUCAGGAUCCUCCGGAAUCAUGUGAUGGUGCGGGUUGGAGGUGGCUGGGACACGCUGGAGCAUUAUCUGGAUAAGCAUGACCCCUGCCGGUGCACCUCGCUGUCUCACAAGCAGGCUGUCAAGCUGACAAGCCCUCAAAGGCUGCAGGCAAUUCAGGUGCAGCAUGAGAUCAAGGUCUGCCCGACACCCAGGACAGACAACCCAAAGAAGCCCCAGCCCACCCUAAUCGUGAGCAGGUCCCAAAGCCCACUGCCCCCAGUGGAGUGGAGGACCUACACCCCCCAGAGCCUCAGCACCAGCCGGAAGCUUCGUUCAUCUCCAUCGCCAGAUAGCACCAGCAAGAAGGACUCCAGGCUCAGGCCCCUGCGGGAGCAGUCAGAACCCAGGAGGGUCCCUUCGGCCAGGGCAACCGAGCGGUCUGCUACUCCUUCACGGAGGCAGCAGUUUGCUGAAGAAAGAUCUGCUACCCAGCAGACCGCCUCCACCCAGAGCCGGAGGGAUAAGCUGUGUGUUUCUACGUCCUCCCUGACCUCACAACUGACUGGAAGCGAGGAGGAUGGUUCUGGCGCCUCGGAAGCUCUCCCAGAGCCCCAGAGAGGGCGUCAGACUAGUAGAAUCCCUGGGAAGAAUCAGAAGGACCCAGCUAGGCUUGUGCAAGCCAGGUGUACAGAGUCCAGGCCCCAGAUGACAGUGCCAAAAGACAGAACAGCUCAGCUGUCAAGGGGCACCCAGUAUGGAGUCAAACCCUUUCCACAGGCUCACAAGCCUCAGGAAUCAGGGGUCAAGAGCUUUCCUGGGAUGGUCCGUUCCUGCAGCCCAAUGAAACCUCUUCACCUCUCCUCACAACAGGAUUCCAAGGGAGCUGCACAGAGCCUCAACGCUGCACACGGCUGGGGGGAUGCUGGGGUUGUGUUGCCAUCCUCCCCAGUUAAACACAUGGGCCAGACUCCAAAACAGGAAAGUAGCACUAAGAUCCCAGUCAAAGCCGGCCCCACAUUCAGCAGGCCCCCAACCCCUGUUCAGAGCCACCAGGGGGAGUCCCGCCUCCGAAAUGGGUGGAAAGCCCCUGCCAGUGAAAUGGCAAAAACUCCAGCUCUCUCAAAGAUCAAAGUCAUGUCCAGGGCUGAGGAAGGCUCUCAGGGGCACAGACAAUGCAGUGGGGCAGUCAAGCCAGAGACAUUGUUGACCAACCUUCCCACAAGCCCAGAAGAUAGACUUGGCCUGUCAGAUCCAGCAGGGAAGGACAAGGAUCCAAAGGCCAAACUGGGGCAGGAGGUAGAGCCAGGGAACACCAAUAACAGCAGCAGCAGGAGUGGUGGUGAUCCAACAGGCUGCUCAGAGGAGAGGGAAUGUGUGUAUACGCCUUUGCCCAUCAACCUGGCCCAGGAGCAGGCGCUGUACAGGAGCCUAGAAGAUGAGAUCUUAUCCAACAUAAAGGUUCUAGAGGCUGAUUCGGAUGAAAGCCACCACCCUGAAGGGAACCAGCUGGGCGACUUCGCCCUGGACUGCAGCCUAGCGAGCGUCACCACAGCCCGUGAUGUAAGUGAGCUCAGGUCCUCCACGCCCUCCCUGUCUUCCGUUACAAGUGCCAGGCAGACCUUGCCCUGUGGCGAGGGUGUGCCCCGGAGUGGUGUCUAUGUGCCUAGAGGAGAGGCAAAAUGGCACCCGGCUGGAUUCCUCUAUGGUGAUGUGAUUGAUGAACUCUCCCAGGGGCACAAGCCACUCCACCCAGUGGAUGUGGAGAACUGGAUCGCCAAGAUCCCACCCAAGGGGGCUGUGAGGGUUUCCUCUCAGCCAAGUUCACCUCUGGUGAAUGGAAACCAGGUGGAAAAGAAACUUCUGGAGCCAGAAGGGGCUUUGUUCCAGGAGAACGUGUCCAGUGAAACCAAAGGCAACCGGUCAAGGAGGCAGCCGCCUCACACAAGCCAUGCAGGGUCUGCUGCAGUCAGUAGAAAUAGCAAAGCUCCUCAGGCAGCCUUUGAUGGCCCCAAGGCAUCUAUCAAUUCUCCAGCCUCUGUGGGCGGCCUUGAAAAGUCCAAACUGCCUCAAGGUAAGCCCAAAAGGUCCCUGAAGAAGCCCGAACGGGUGCCAUCCAUCUACAAGCUAAAGCUACGCCCCAAAAUCCGCCCACGCAGGGACAACAGACCUGAGAAACGGCCAUCCAAAAUCCCCACUCCAGUGACCUACCGACAGGCACAGAAAGUGGCCAGUGCCAAAGCCCAAGAGAAGGCCCAUAGCUUAAAGCAUCAGAUCCGGCCAGCUCAGGACAGCCUGGAUAGUAUAAGGCAGAACAGCACAGGAAAUGCUGGGUCCGAGGAAGAGGCUUGGCUUUCAGAACACAGUGGCUCCCCACAAUCUGGGAAGAAGACAGUCCUAGCAGAUACCAAAGUGUGGCUCACAGAAGAAGAUGAGGAAUCCUGGGUCUGAUGUCUUGCCUGCUGGUGACAGGUUUGCCUCCCAGUUGUCAGUGUUUAUAGCUCUACAGUGAGCCACAUUCUCCUCCAGCCGCAUUGGAGAAACGGGGUUAGAGAGGAGACUCUGGCCCAACAGAUGAGAAGCCAGUGAACUGAUGAUGUUGGGGGUGAAGCUGAAGUUUUCCCAGGUUCUCAGUUGAGUGGCUCAAAAAAAUAACCUGUUCAUUUGGGCCAAAGAAAUGCGACAUUUAUUUUGAAGGAAGAGAAUCUAAGAGGCAGAUUUUCAAAGAGGCCUCAACAUGACCCUCAAAAACUGCAGGUACAAUUUUGUGCUCUCUCCUGGUUUUUGGACAUGCACUAACACCUCAAAGUGGCAAACUGAGUCUGCAAUUUGGGAUGAGGCAUCUUUGAAAACUCGGUCCCAAGUCUGGAACUAAGAACAGAAUUUAGAACAAAGGGUGAAAACUGAUAACUAAUAGUGUGGUACAAUGGCUACCACAUUUUUUCUUUUCCAGCAGAUGGAAAUGUAAAUAUUUUUAGUGCAAAAGUACUAUCAGCAGGGGGAGAUGCCAGUGAUAUGUCUGAUCAUUUUCUCCUUGCCCCUGAGAGCCACACCAAAUCCAUUGUAAUAUUUUUCUUUGACAGAUGUACUUCUAAAUUCCCCUCUCAAUUAAUCUGGUGGAUUUCCAGGGAUGGUGUACUUGUGGAAUUGGGAGGAGAAUUUGGCCCAUAAAUUGCAAAUACAGAGGCCAGUUUAGCCCAUGCAGAGAGGAGAAAGAGCAUGGUCUUGUUUUUAAAGCAGGACAACUGGGUUCAAAUAAUUAAAUCCCUCUGUGUCUCAGUUUCCCCAUCUGUAAAAUGGGGCUAAUAAUGCUUACCUCUUAAGGCACCGAGAAACUUAGUGAAUAUUUGUAAAGCACUUUGAGAUCCUCAGGUGAAAGGCACAAGAGGAAGGCAAAGUAUUAUUAUUAUUGUCCUAGAUUCAUGGAUGACUCUUGUAUUGAUCCCAGUGGGAAUCCCAAGUGCACUUGUAAGGAAGUAUUGAGCCCUGCUUUUGAAAAGGUUCCCCCAAGAUUGCUCUGCCUUUUAUAUGAAAUGGGCAACAUGCCAGCCUCAUUCUGUUCACAAAAUUCUCGUUGAAUUCAAAGGGAGUUUUCUAAAACACUGGAAGUGGAAUAGCACACGAAUUGUGUCAAAGUCCCUAAUCAGACCAUUUCCCCCUUUUUCAUGAAAUUACCGGGGCCAAAUACUCAGCUGAUGUAAAUUUGAUUUACUUCAGCUCAGGAUCUGGGCCACAGUUGCCUGCACGUAUUUUAAGCUUGUCAUUAUUAUUGUUAAACCAGUAGCCAUCCUUGCAUUUGAAAUAGGAAGUUACUUGAAACGACAAGAGCUGAAAGAAAUACAAUCAUAGAUUCAGAUGGUGGGUUUGUUUUUAACCAACAUGCUGGCGCUAGAGAUGCCCUGUGAUAUCAGGAAAGAGCCCUAUAGAGACCACCCACAGUGUCUUGAUACCCAUGAAUGCUCUGUGUAAUUUAUGUGUGAAUUGUCUUUACUGUUAUAACUCUUGGAAAUAGUAUUUGAGGUGACUAUUAAUAAUGCUGCUUGUUCCAGUUAUAUAGCGUAUUCCUAAACCUUUGAUCACUAUACAAUUCUCAGUGUUUGUGCAAUAGAGACAUUCCAAAAACUCGUCUGAUUCAGUAACUCUUCUGUUUCAAUGGGGAUAUGCAAAGACUGAUCCAUUGAUAGCAACGAUGCCUGUAACCCAGGGAUGAAAUAGCUUACUAGAUGAACCCUUUGUUGCACUUUACACGGGAGAAAUUGUUUCCAAAACAACCUAUUUUUCCUUUGGGUCAUUAAAAAUCCCUAACUUUGGACCUAUGGCUAGGCUUUCCAAGAGAGGAUUAAAUAGGAAACGUGAGUUCAUAAAGACAAGAAUGCAAGAGUUUACAAGGUCUUUGUUAAUUAGAGCUGGUGGGAAUUUUCGCAUUUUUUGGAAUGCUGAUUUACAAAAAUAUGGAACUUUUUUGCAAAAAAAUGUUCUGGAUUUUUAAAUUUCUGUUCAUUAAAGGAGGCAGCAGGAAACAGGACAGUCAGGUCCAGGCAGUAGGACAAGUCAGGUCCAGAUGUGGCCUGCUCCAUAUUUAAGAUUGUGGACAGGUGGGUGGGGGGAUCAGGAAUGGCAAAUGGGGUCAGGAAUGUAAACUGGAGUAGUAGUAAUAGGGUGAAAUUUAAUAGUGAAAAGUCCAAGGUCAUACAUUUAGGGAUUAAUAACAAGAAUUUUUAUUAUAAACUGGGGACGCAUCACUUGGAAGUA